UAUAUAUAUAUUUCUUGGAAUUUGUUUAGGAAAAGGAGAUUGCACUUUCUCUAUAUAUACUGGUAUGGUAUGUAGCUUUUUUCUUUGAUAACCUGCAAAAUUCUUUCUUUUAAACAAUGCUGCAUUGCUGCAUGCAUGGUGGAAUCAAGAAUCAGCCUUCAACAUCAAUUCAUAUUCAAUUACACCACAACUCUAUAAAUAAGGACAGGUGUAUGUAUGAAUUAUGACUGUCUUCACCAAACCCUAAUAUCUCAACACCAGAAUCGUCACCGCCUGAGCCGCCAACAUGUCUAACAUAACCGACCACGACGGAUACGCUGCCCUGAAGCUCUUCGACCAGGGCUACUCUUACACCUACGACGACGUCAUCUUUCUUCCUCACUACAUCGACUUCCCCACCGACGCUGUCUCCCUCUCCACCCGCCUUUCCCGAAACAUUGCCCUCUCCGUCCCCUGCGUAGCCUCUCCCAUGGAUACUGUCACCGAACCUCACAUGGCCGCCUCCAUGGCCUCUAUUGGUGGCAUCGGGAUUAUCCACUCCAACGUCACUCCUUCUUCUCAGGCCGCCAUGGUCCGCCAUGCCAAGUCGCGCCGUCUCCCUAUUUUUUCUAAUCCGGUAUUCGCAUCCCCGGAUUCACGACGUCAUUUCGAUGACUUUGACGAUAAGAGUUCUUGUAUUCUGGUCACUGAAUCUGGGGCUGGCCAUUCCAAGUUGUUGGGUUGUGCAUGGAAACGUGAUUGGCUCGAUUUGAAGAAUAGAGAUGCAAAAGUGAGCGAAUACAUGCAGUCUAUUGAACGUUCAUCUGUCUGUGUGCCGUGGAAUUGUGAUUUGGGCGAGAUUGACGGGAUUUUGGAGGAAAAGAAGCGGGAUUUUGUGGUCUUGGAGAAGGAGGAUGGUGAGGUUGUCGAUGUGGUAACCAAGGAGGUAGUGGAGAGGUUGAAGGGGUACCCCAGAUUGUUGGGGAAGGGGAGUGUGGGACCGGACGGGAAGUGGAUCGUGGGUGCGGCAAUGGGAACGAGGGAGUCAGACAAGGAGAGGCUAGAGCACCUGGUGAAGGCAGGGACCAAUGUGGUGGUGUUGGAUAGCUCACAAGGGAACUCCAUUUACCAGAUUGAGAUGAUAAAGUAUGUGAAAAGAACAUAUCCCGAGCUGGAUGUGAUAGGCGGAAAUGUGGUGACGGUGGCUCAGGCAAAGAAUCUGAUAGAGGCUGGUGUUGAUGGGUUGCGAGUUGGGAUGGGGUCAGGUUCCAUUUGCACCACCCAAGAAGUUUGUGCGGUUGGCAGAGGGCAGGCUACUGCUGUUUACAAGGUUUCAUCAAUCGCUGCACAAAGUGGUGUGCCCGUCAUUGCUGAUGGUGGGAUUUCAAACUCGGGACACAUUGUUAAGGCAUUGGUACUUGGAGCAUCAACUGUCAUGAUGGGAAGUUUCUUGGCUGGCAGCACCGAGGCUCCCGGGGCUUAUGAGUAUCAGAAUGGCUGCCGGGUUAAAAAAUAUCGUGGCAUGGGUUCUUUGGAAGCAAUGACCAAAGGGAGUGAUGCAAGGUACUUGGGUGAUACGGCUAAGCUAAAGAUUGCUCAGGGUGUUGUGGGAGCAGUUGCUGACAAAGGUUCUGUUCUGAAGUUUUUACCCUACACAUUACAAGCAGUCAAGCAAGGGUUCCAGGAUCUCGGUGCUUCCUCAAUGGACUUGGCACAUGAUCUGUUAAGAUCAGGGGCUCUAAGACUUGAGGUCCGCACAGGAGCGGCACAAGUUGAAGGUGGGAUACAUGGACUGGUUUCUUAUGAAAAGAAGUACUUUUGAAGUACGCUAAUGUUUGGUGCGCAGCUUCUUGGCCUUAAUGUAGUAUCACGAGCAGCAGUCAAUGCAAUCUGGGUCAUUCUUGAAAGAUUGAGCAUGCUAAUCUGCUAUCAGCUCUUUAUGGAGGGGUCAUAAAUUAUCCAGAGCGUAAACUAGAAUUAGACACCUUGAUGGGUCUCUCACAAGGGCCAAAUCUUGGGUUGUAUGUGUAGCUAUUGCUGUAUGGCUCGAUUAGGUGAGACGUAUAUCUGAGUUUUAUAGAAUGGAAGAUGUCAUGGAUCAAUAAGUAUUAUUGUGAUGCAUGUAUUUUUAUGUCGAACCAAAGUAUUUGAAUCAGUAAUGUAUUUUUAUAUUGUUGUAAUAAGAUGAAUUCAAUUGUUUACU